GUUCAGUUUUAGACUAAGUGACUCAAUCUUUGCCAUUUGAGUUAUCAUUAUAAUAUAAUAUUUGUUUGAAAAUCUUUAUAGAUAGAUCUUUUCUCCAAAUCUCAAAAGGGAAAAAGCUUCAGCACAUCCAUCAAACUGCUUUUGCUGAAAAUAGCAAUUGAUAUAAACACACAAAACAAGCACUUAUUCCUCCAGUCUCCCUUUUCUCUGUUAUCCCUAUCUGCUUUAUUUCUUGGAGCAAUUCUUUUCCAAUUUGUUGAGAAAUUUUUUCCCUUUUCCCAUCUUUCUGAACACACAAGUGGGAGGGUGGGUCUCUCUUUCUUCUGCACUCCUCACUCUCUCUGCUGGGACUUGCUUAAUCUCUUCUUUUUGUGUCACUUUCCUCAAACUUUCUUAUAGUUUUAUCUAAAGCUAAAGCCAUUUGGCUGCAAAGCUCUUGCCUUUGGUCUCUUUAUCACACACUCUUAUCUUUCUCUUUAUUCUUCCGAAUCUUGGGCCUCUUUUUUUUUUCCCAUCCACAAAAUAAAUAUGAGAAUCCGAGGGGAAGAAAUUGACCAGACCCAAACCAUGUUGUCGUCCAGUAGUGUCAGGUUCAGUGAGCACCGCCGGCAAGUCACGGUGGCGAGGCCGCCCCAGUCCGGCGGGAGAUGCAGAGGAGCCCUGCCCAGAGUUGUGCGGAUUUCGGUUACUGAUGGGGAUGCCACCGAUUCCUCUGACGAUGAGACGGAGGCCGGUUUUGGGAAGCGGCGGGUGAAGCGGUAUGUGACGGAGAUCAUGGUCGGAAGGGACGACGGCAAUGCGAGUGGGGGUUUGAGGAGUAAUGCAUCGCCGGAGGGAGCAAAGCGGCGGAAGAGGAGCGCCGUUCCAGCCUCAGCCGCAGCCGCGGCGAACGGUCAGAGCGGGAAUGUUGAAAAUGGGCGGAAAUAUCGGGGAGUUCGGCAACGGCCGUGGGGGAAAUGGGCGGCCGAGAUCAGAGAUCCGAUGAGACGUGUCCGUCUCUGGUUGGGCACCUACGACACUGCCGAAGAAGCCGCGAUGGUUUAUGACCACGCGGCCAUCAAGUUGCGUGGACCGGACGCGCUUACGAACUUCUCGGACUCUGUUUCACCUCCUGGUCCGGUCAAGCCGGACCCCGACUCCGGCUACAAUUCCGGCAUGGAAUCGCACAACCGCCGCUCGCCCAAGUCCGUCCUGGGAUUUACCUCAGCUUCCAACGAUGAGGAAGCCGAAGCCGAAACCGGCUCCGUGAAAGUUAAUCAAGACAGCAGCUGCAGCACCGCCGCGCCGGAGAGUCCUCCACCCUGUUUUUCGCCGUUUGAGACCCUGUUUCCGGCGGACGUGUUCGAUUUCUACGACCCGUUACCCGUACCCGGAUUGUUCGACGAAAUGGGGUUCUGUAACAGUGUUAUCCACGAAGCCUACAAUGACACACUCAUCGGGUCAAGCCAGCAAUUCGGGUUAGAGUCCUACGCCUGGACGGCUGACAGUUACUAUCAAGAUUUUGGGGAUAUAUUCGGGUCGGACCCUCUGGUGGCUCUUUGAAUUAAAAGUCCAUUAGAUAUUUUGAUUACUUCAUAGUACUGUGUAAUGUCUAUGCCUUUGUUUUUUUGGUGCUGGGUUCAGUUUUGUUUAUGUUGAAGAUUUUGUUAAGCUUAAGAAAGUACUGUGUAGAAAUAUGAACAAACGCCGUUACUUAAGUGGUCACGGAUGAGGAUUUAUUAGUUUAUUAAUCGGAAGUUCUUUUCUGGGUUUAUAUCAC